CAGAUCAAAUUCCUAUAAAGGAAGUUCAGAACUACACAAUCAAAAACCUGCUGCCAUUCAUGGUGUACAAAGUUUCUGUGGCCUACCAUCGAGGAUACGGCCUCUGGAGUGACUGGAGCUCAGAGGCAACCGGACGAACGCUGGAUAGAGUGCCUUCCAAGCCUGCAGGGAUAUGUUACAGAGUGAAGAGAGAAGCAGCGAGGCUGACUGGGCUUCAACUUAUCUGGAUGGCCUCUGAUCCUGGGGAGGCUGAGGGUCGGGUCCUCGGGUAUAAUGUUAGCAUUAAUUCAGUGAAACAGGAUCAGAACGGGACUGAGAUGAUGGCGCUUCCAGUGGAGAAGGAGGGGAACUACAGCGUCGCUGUUCAGGCCUUCAACACUGCUGGAUUCGGACCCGCAGCGCUGCUUCAAAUCAACACACAAGCUCAGAACCCUCUGCUCUCGGUGAGGAAUCUCAGCAUUUACAGCCGUAGUCCAGAACGGAAGGAGCUGCAGGUCCAGUGGACGUCUCCCUCCGCCCCAGUCUGCAGCCAUGUUGCUGUUCAGUGGCACUCAGAGCAGAAUCCGUCCACCACACGAAGCAUCCUAGUCGACUGUAACAGCUCUUCUACUGUUAUUCGAGAUCUUGAUCCCGAUGAGUUCUACCAGGUCAGCGUCUUCCCUGCCUACCAGCAGCAGUGCGGACCGCCUCAGUCCCUGGAAGCCAAUCUGGAGCUCGGAGCUCUGAUGAAGCCCAUUGACCUGAAGGUCGUCAGCGUCUCUAAGACCUCGGUGACCGUAAUGUGGGAGUGGCAAAAGGCAAAAGCAGACGAUGUGGCCGAAUACAAAGUGAUGCUGAGGAGAGACACUGACCAACAAGGACCAAGUGUGUCUCUGUGGCCGGACCUACAUCAGCACAUCUUCUCCAGCCUGACUCCCAACACCGAGUAUUCUCUCAUCCUAUCGGUUGAUGGUGAUCUCCGUGACAUCACCACAGUAAAAACCCAGUUUGAUGAGGCUGUAGUGGUGGCGCCACUGGUUCCUCUGCUGCUGCUGAUCAUCUCUGCCAUGAUCUGCUUCCUCCUCUUCAGAACUCUAUACAAUUUGUACUUCUUCCCCCCCAUCUGCAACCCUAACAGAAGUAUGGUGGGCCAGUGGCUGCUGAACCCAAACCGGGAGAAAUGUGCACAGAAGACGUUCCUGGAUAUCUCAGAUUUUAAGGUGAAGGAUUUUCUAGGAGACAGUCAUCUUAUCCUGGUAACCCCAGAGGAGCGGCUCUCAUCAUCAGAAGAUCUGCGCGAGAAAACAUCCCUGCAGUCCAUGGGGAAACUCUCUGUCUUCACCUCGACUGACAAGCUGGACUUUACGGAUGUUCCCGGGACCGAUCCAACCACAGGACAAGGCUUCGACAUCCAACCAAUCAAACAGCAGCAGCUCGAUUCACUUCAGUCAGUUUUCACAUCAAAGGAUGCAAACAUCUGGUCUCCUCACAGAGAAGAAGCCAUUUAUCCAACGUCCCAUCAUGGCGGCCCCUUCCCAGUGUUCCCAAUUAGCUCCUGGAGACAACUUGUAUCAGAGAGUGAAGAGCUGGAAGGCUUCUUGGAAGUGGAGUAUAUCACCAACAACUGCUUCAGAGCAGAGUCCACAGCUGGAGAGGAAACCAGUGACAUCUGCCCCAAUACUGCCCCCUAGUGGAUAUAGAAUCCAUGACACACCAAACAUAAAACCUGAUUGGAUCAAUUAUAAAAGAUGACUAAAAUAAAACACUUCAUCCUGCAGAAAUUAAAAAUGAAUAAAAUAAUUAACUCUUCAUUUUUUAGACCAGUUUUUAGAGACCAAACUUCUGUAACACUGGUUUUAACUUGUUAAAGCGAAAAUAGUUCAGAUAAAUGUUUGAAUUAAAGACUAAAAUCCUUAAUCUGAGGGAUGCUAAUGAACAAAGCUAAAAUGGAAUUUAUUUUUUACUUUUGAAAGUUUUUUGUAUUAAAGCUUAUUAGUAAAUGCAAGAGACGGAUUUCAGGUUUGAUUAAAUAAGUUGCAUAUAAGAUCAGUUAAACAUUUUUGUAAAGUCCUUAUUCACCAGUUUUGUUUUUUAAGCAAGCUAUUUAGAGUUUAAAGCAAAAAAAGCUUUUCUUUGCUGAUGACGGCCAACUUUUGUCCUUCCUUCCUUCUUAUUAAAUUUUUCUUUUUUUUAGUUUGUUUUUAUAUCUUCUAAGAGUGUUUUUUGGUGUAUUAUAGAUGCAUUCUAAACCAGGAGUCUUAACAUCAUCAUCAUGGUUUCAUCAUAGCAACAUGUUUUUCCCUAUUUUAUGAAAGAUGAAAAGCAGACAUAAUGUUCUACAGCCCAUAAUUUACUGUCUUUAUGCAUUCUUUUUAUUUUUAAUCCAACAUCAGUCUGUUAUUCCCAUAAAUUCCAAUUAUUCCUGUGCUCUAAUAGGAACGUUUGC